GGAAUCUUGAAUUCACACUUCAUGAGCUUUCUCUAGGUUCCAUGAUCAAGCUUUUCUCCUACUUUAAGCAAUCAUUGUGCUCAUUUGAUUUUUCACUUCAUCCAUUUCAUCUCAAGAUAUGGAAAGUCAAUCAAGUACACCAAUUAAUCUUGGUGAUGAAAAUGUUGAGCCUGAAUCAAAGCGUGGUAGAUCGGAUGUGUGGGAGCAUUUUGACAAAUUACCACCAAUUGAUGCAAAUUCACAAAGAGCUCAAUGCAAAUAUUGUAAGAAGGCAUAUUCUUGCAAAAGCACAGGAGGAACAUCGCAUUUGAGGAGGCACUUGACUAAAUGUCCGAAACGUGUUUGUCGUGACAUUAGACAAUACACAAUUUCUCAUCAAACAACAACCAGCGGUACGUCAUUCUCAAAUUAUAAAAUUGAUGUUGAGAUCAUUCGUAGAGAAAUUGCUAUGAUGAUUGCUAUUGAUGAACAACCUUUCAUAAUGGUUGAGAAUAUUGGAUUUAGGCGUGUGAUAGCAGCUGCAUGUCCUGAAUUUAAAAUGAUGAGUAGAAAAACAAUCAAAAGAGAUAUUAUGUUGCUAUAUAAGCGGGAAAGACAGAAUUUGAAAGACAUAUUGAUUGAGUGCCCUAGUAGAAUAUGCUUAACAUCAGACACUUGGAAAUCUAUCACUGAAGAUCACUAUAUUUGUGUUACGGCGCAUUUUAUUGAUCAUGAAUGGUUGUUGCAUAAGAGGCUUAUCCAUUUUAAACUCAUUCCACCUCCGUAUGACAGCUUUUCUAUUGAAGAUGAAAUUAAUACCUGUGUUGCUCAAUGGAACAUUCAACAUAAACUAUUUAGUAUCACUUUGGAUAAUCUGAGUACAAACGACUGUGUUGUUUCAUUGCUUAAGAGUCGUCUUAACCAGCGGGGUUUUCUUCCUUGUGAUGGUGAAUUCUUUCAUAUACGAUGUUGUGCUCAUAUAUUAAAUUUGGUUGUGCAAUCAGCAUUUAAUCUUAUUAUGUUGACCAUUGAAAGCUUCUUGACACCUAUGGUUAAAGAAAUGCAGAGGAAGUUUGACAAAUAUUGGUCUGAAUAUAGCUUGAUUUUAUCUUGUGCUGUGAUUUUGGAUCCUCGCUAUAAAGUUAAAUUUGUUGAAUUUUGUUAUACUAAAGUGUAUGGGAUGGAAUCUAGAGAAUACACUUCGAAUGUGGUUGCUACUCUUUAUAAAUGUUUUGAAGCUUACAAAAAAGAUCGAGCAUCUUCUUCACAGUAUACUAUGAGUUCCAAAAGCAAUUUGACUAUUAAUGAUGAUGAUUAUGAUGAAAUGCAAGAGUUAGAUGCAUUUGAAGGUCAUGUUAGUAGAGUUCAAAUGCAAAAAUCAGAGUUGGAUCUUUAUUUGGAAGAACCAUGUUUGGAUCGAAAUGUGGAAGAGCACAUUUAG